AUGACUCCUACACCGGACCCCAAGAAGGACCAGAAGGAGGCACAUAAAAGUGAAUGCAAUGGGAAUAAAGGGAGGCCUGCUUCCAUGGCAGCAGCACAUUCCACUGUGGCUCUGAUCGAGGGGGAGGUCCAGCAGGACGACCCAUGGAACCUAACAGAGCUCCAGGACACGGGGGUGCCAUGGAAAGCUCUGGAUACCAAAGGAAAGGUGCUGAGGGUGUUGUUGGUGGUGGGGAAGAUGGUCUCGCUGCUGGCUUUGCUCUACAUGUUCAUCUGUUCCCUCGACAUCCUCAGCUCAGCCUUCCAGCUAGUUGGAGGUAAGGCGGCCGGGGACAUCUUUCAGGAUAACUCUGUGCUAUCCAACCCUUUGGCCGGUUUGGUUAUCGGUGUACUGGUCACCCUGUUGGUCCAGAGCUCCUCUACAUCCUCCUCCAUAGUUGUCAGCAUGGUCUCCUCUGGACUGCUUACCGUGCAGCUGGCUGUUCCUAUCAUCAUGGGCACCAACAUCGGAACCUCAGUCACCAACACACUGGUGGCCAUGACGCAGGCUGGCGAUCGCAACACCUUUCGACGGGCGUUUGCGGGGGCCACGGUACAUGAUUUCUUCAACUGGCUGUCUGUACUGGUGCUGCUGCCUCUUGAAGUGGCUUCUGGUUACUUGUACCGAAUCACCAAGCUCAUCACCAACUCCUUCAAUAUCCAGAGUGGAGAUGCCCCCGACCUGCUCAAUGUCAUCACAGACCCCCUCACUGAGGCAAUCAUACAACUGGAUGAAUCUGUGAUCAGCGGCAUUGCAACUGGAGACCCUGCUGCCAGGAACAAGAGCCUCAUCAAAAACUGGUGCAAAACCUUCACCAACACAACCUUAAUGAACGUGACAGUUCCUGGACCAGAGAAUUGCACCUCUCCAUCUCUGUGUUGGGUCGACGGCAACCUCACCUUCACACUGAAGAACGUGUCCGAGACAUACAACAUCCAGAAAUGCAAGCACCUGUUUGUAGACGUGAAUCUGUCCGACCUAGCGGUGGGUCUGAUCCUGCUGGCUCUCUCCCUGUUGGUGCUCUGCUCCUGCCUGAUUCUCAUCGUCAAGCUGCUCAACUCCAUGCUGAAGGGACAGGUGGCAAUGGUCAUUAAAGCCAUCCUUAACACUGACUUCCCAUUUCCUUUUGGCUGGGUUACUGGUUACAUUGCCAUCUUUGUUGGAGCUGGGAUGACUUUCAUUGUCCAGAGCAGUUCUGUCUUCACCUCUGCCAUAACACCACUUGUUGGUAUUGGUGUCAUCAGCAUAGAGAGAGCCUACCCGUUGUCAUUGGGUUCAAAUAUUGGUACAACCACCACUGCCAUACUGGCAGCCAUGGCUAGUCCUGGAGACACACUGGCUAAUGCUUUACAGAUUGCCCUGGUCCACUUCCUGUUCAACAUCUCAGGCAUCAUACUAUGGUACCCAAUUCCCAUCACCAGGAUUCCCAUCCGGCUGGCUAAAGGGCUGGGCAACAUCACUGCCUCCUACCGCUGGUUUGCUGCUGUCUACAUCAUCUGCUGUUUCUUUUUCCUUCCCCUCUUCAUCUUUAGCCUGUCGCUGGCUGGUUGGCAGGUUUUGGUGUGUGUAAGUGUGCCUCUGGUCAUCAUACUGGUCACCAUUGUGGUGAUCAAUGUGUUGCAGAAGCAGCGACCCAAGUGCCUGCCAAAAGCCCUGCAAUCCUGGAGCUUCCUCCCUCUCUGGGCUCACUCCCUGGAGCCAUGGGACCAAGUGGUCACUAACAUUAUGGCCAAAUGCUGCUGCUGCUGCAAAUGCUGCCAGGCUGCCACCAAUGAGCAAGAACAGAGAGAAGGAGACAAGGAGAAAGAGCAUGUGGUGGAGAUGUAUGACAACCCUGCAAUAAAUGGAGAGAAAGAACUGAAAGAUGACACAAAGAUUUUGAAAUCAACCCAUCUGUGAGAAUAUUUUUUACAAACCUUUGUUACUGUGCCAUGGUCCUACCGUAUGAAGCUAGUGUGACUAGACUAAGAUGUGCUGGUCCUCCGACAACAGAAACAUAAUCAGACGAACAAUCAGUCAAAUUUGUUUGUGUAAUACAUUUUGUAUUCAAAUGCAAUGUGAUGCAUUUUAGAUUUGAGGAAGUUAAAAGUCCACGGCAAACAAACGUAGGUCUAAUGAUUGCAUCUUACAGUAAAAUAAAAUGACUAAGACUAGCAAAUUUUAGUGCAUAAUAACAAUAAUAAUAAUAAUACCAAUGAUAAUAUAAUAAUAAUAAUAUGAGUGGUACCCAGAAACACAAUA